CUCCAUCUCCUAGCCACAUGUGUGAGUGUGGAAAAGCUCCUGCAGAAGCACACACUCAUACGUGAAAAAAAUUUAAAAAUCCAAAAAAAAUCUUAUAAACAGAAAAAAAACAAAUAAAAAUCGGUGGAACUAAGUUUUGAAGAGGGGGAAAAAAUCCAGUUACUUUUUAUAAUUUUAAAAAAAAGGAAAAAUAAAGCCAACCAGGUCUCAGCCACGCUCUGGGAUUUAUCGUCUGGAAUCGGGUGCGGACAAACCUGCCGAAGUUUCUGGAAACUGAAGUAUUUUGAAGCGGUUUUCUAAAUACAAAACAAAAAAAAUUGAAAGAGUCGGGAAUCUUGUUAAGUACAUAGGCCACAGGCUUAAGGAGAGAAGAAGGUUUAACCGGUUCAAGCAUUUCUGGAAAGUUCUUUGCCCGACGGUUUCUCGCCUCUCCCCCCCCCCCCCCCCCCGCCCUUUUUUUAAAAAGAAUCUCUCGCGCUCGCCGUCACCCGUUUCGUUUGGGGAGGGAGAAAGGAGAGAGAUAGAGAGAGAAAAGUUGAUCUUUUGAUUUGCGUCGGACUGUCUGAGGAUGAAUCAGACCGGUGCCAGCUACCCGAUGGCGUCGCUUUAUGUCGGCGACCUGCACCCAGAUGUCACCGAGGCGAUGCUGUAUGAGAAAUUUAGCCCGGCCGGGCCUGUGCUCUCCAUCAGGGUUUGCAGGGACAUGAUCACCAGGAGGUCACUCGGAUACGCUUAUGUCAACUUCCAGCAGCCCGCAGACGCUGAACGUGCCUUGGAUACCAUGAACUUUGAUGUCAUCAAGGGGAAACCAAUCCGUAUCAUGUGGUCUCAGCGUGACCCAUCUCUGAGGAAAUCGGGUGUAGGCAAUGUGUUCAUCAAGAAUCUAGACAAAUCCAUUGACAACAAGGCUUUGUAUGACACAUUCUCUGCAUUUGGGAACAUCUUGUCUUGUAAGGUGGUAUGUGAUGAGAAUGGCUCCAAAGGAUAUGCAUUUGUUCACUUUGAGACUCAGGAUGCUGCAGAUAGAGCUAUUGACAAAAUGAACGGCAUGUUGCUUAAUGACCGAAAAGUAUUUGUCGGUCGUUUUAAGUCUCGUAAAGAGAGAGAGGCUGAACUUGGUGCAAAGGCAAAAGAGUUUACCAAUGUUUACAUAAAAAACUUUGGCGAUGAUAUGGAUGAUGAACGACUCAAAGAAAUGUUUGAUAAAUUUGGCAAAACCCUCAGUGUCAAAGUAAUGACAGACCCAAAUGGAAAGUGCAAAGGCUUUGGCUUUGUUAGCUAUGAAAAACAUGAGGAUGCUUCUAAGGCUGUGGAAGAAAUGAAUGGGAAGGACCUGAAUGGGAAAAUGCUGUUUGUUGGACGUGCCCAGAAAAAAGUGGAACGACAGGCUGAACUAAAAAGAAAGUUUGAACAAUUAAAACAGGAGCGAAUCAGUAGAUACCAGGGUGUGAAUCUAUACAUUAAAAAUCUGGAUGACACCAUUGAUGAUGAAAAACUGAGGAAAGAGUUUGCACCAUUUGGAUCAAUCACCAGUGCUAAGGUAAUGCUGGAGGAUGGCCGAAGCAAAGGUUUUGGCUUUGUCUGUUUUUCCUCUCCUGAAGAAGCCACAAAAGCUGUAACGGAAAUGAAUGGACGUAUUGUUGGUUCCAAGCCAUUAUAUGUAGCCCUUGCCCAAAGGAAAGAGGAACGCAAGGCACAUUUAACAAAUCAGUAUAUGCAAAGAAUUGCAGGGAUGCGGGCCAUGCCAGCUAAUACAAUCAUCAACCAAUUUCAGCCAGCUGCAGGAGGCUACUUUAUGCCAGCUGUACCUCAGGCCCAAGGUAGAGCUACAUAUUAUGCACCAAAUCAGAUGGCUCAGAUGAGACCCAGUCCACGUUGGCAACAGCAACAAACCAGACCCCAAGGGUUCCAAGCCAUGCCAAAUGCUCUUCGUCAAGGAGGUCCUCGGCCUUCUCUGCGGCACCUAACACCAACAGGAAAUACUCAGGGUCCUCGAGGUAUUCCUGGUGCACAGAGAAUGGGAUUAUCAACGACUCAGAAUCUGGCUCAUCGUCCUGGAAUUGCUGGCCCAGCACCAAGGGGUGUUCCACCUUAUAAGUAUGCUCCCACUGUUCGCAACCCACAGCAAUCAGUAGUGCAACCUCAAAUGGCCGUACAACAGCCCUCUCAAUCUGCAGUGCUUGUACAAGGACAGGAACCUCUGACUGCCUCCAUGCUUGCUGCAGCCCCUCCUCAGGAACAGAAGCAGAUGCUUGGUGAACGUCUAUUCCCCUUGAUCCAGAGUAUGCACCCUUCCUUGGCCGGAAAGAUCACUGGAAUGCUCCUAGAGAUAGAUAACUCUGAGCUGCUACACAUGUUGGAGUCCCCAGAAUCACUCCGGUCAAAGGUUGAAGAAGCUGUGGCCGUACUACAAGCUCAUCAAGCCAAGAAAGAGGCUGCCCAGAAGGCAGCUGUGGUUGUAGCUACAUCCUAAUUUGGGAAUGAGCUGUGCAAUGAUUGCCAACAACCAAGGAUUCCACAAGUUUUGAUUCAGAUAUAUUCAGACUGGAUGCGUGGAUAGUGCUUAGCUUUGAGAAAAAAAACAAAAAACAUUGCAAAAUUUCAAAUAACCAGAUCCUGAAACAUUUUAAAUGUACCUUAAGAAUUUAAAAGAAAUAUAUUUUGAUAAAUCAAACUAUAAAAUUAUCAAGCAGGGCACCACUUUGAUUUAGAACUUGUUUUGUUUUGAAAAUGGAUAUCUGUGGCCAGGAUAGAUUUAUUUAUUUUUUUCCUUCUCUUUAAAGAACAGGAAAUAAAAGGUUAAGGGUAUGAGAAUGGAGCGAGAUUUUAUUUUGCAGUUGAGUUUUAUCAUUUAAGGUGUGUUUUAAUUUUUAAAACUCAAGUUUGCCUAAAUCUGGAAAAGUGUGUUUCUGAUUGGGGAAGGGAGAAACCAAUAAAGAAACUCUUUCACUA